GCGGCGCUGGAGCCCUGACGCACGGAGCUCGAGAGCGAGAACGGGAGAGAAAGGGGUAGAAAUGGCGGCUCCGCUCGGCUCCCGCUGAGGAGGGCGAAGCCGGCGGAGUGUCUGUGCUGCCGGCCUGCAGCACCGCCCCCGCUUCCCGCUCGCCGCCUGCUCGCGCCGACUUCCCUCCCUCUGCCCGGCUCUCUGUUGUGUUCGUCUGCGCUCCGCACGCUCCGGGCCGGCUCGUCUCUCCCUGCCCGGCUCGGCUCCGCUGGCCCUGACUGACCGGCCGGCGGGCCGGCCUCGCUUGGCUCUCCCGGGCGCGGCGUGGACUCCGUCCUCCGGGCUGGACCAUGGUGAACACCCGGAAGAGCUCUCUCCGCCUUCUCGGGUCCAAGUCUCCUGGUCCCGGGCCUGGGCCUGGGGCCGGAGCAGAGCCUGGGGCGACCGGAGGCAGCAGCCAUUUCAUCUCCUCUCGGACCCGGUCCUCCAAGACCCGCGCCGCCAGCUGCCCCGCCGCCAAGGCCGGGGGAAGCGGUGCCGCCGGCCUCGCUCUGGAUGAGGCCAGGAAAGCUGAAGUUGAUGGUAGUUUAAGUGACAGUCACGUAUCUCCUCCAGCCAAACGCACUUUGAAACAACCUGAUUCUGUAUGCAAAGACAAAUCGAAAUCAAGAAGUACUGGUCAGCGAGAGGAAUGGAACUUAGCAACUGGACAGGCCAGGUUAACUUCUCAGCCUGGUGCUACAUUACCAAACGGACAUAGUAGCUUAUCCCUUCGAAGCCAUCCCCUUCGAGGGGAAAAGAAGGGAGAUGGGGACCUUUCUUGUAUAAAUGGUGACAUGGAAGUCAGAAAAAGUUGUCGUUCCAGGAAAAACAGAUUUGAAAGCGUGAACCAGAGUUUGUUAUUUGAUCAACUAGUAAAUAGUACUGCUGAAGCUGUACUACAGGAAAUGGAUAACAUUAACAUCCGACGGAAUCGUCGGUCGGGAGAAGUAGAGCGACUUCGAAUGUGGACAGAUACAGAAUUUGAAAACAUGGAUAUGUAUUCAAGAGUGAAAAGGCGAAGAAAGUCCCUAAGAAGAAAUAGUUACGGGAUACAAAAUCAUCAUGAAGUUUCUACUGAGGGUGAAGAAGAAGAAUCUCAAGAGGAGGAUGGAGAUAUAGAAGUUGAAGAGGCAGAAGGAGAAGAAAAUGAUAGACCGUAUAAUUUGAGACAGAGAAAAACAGUGGAUCGAUACCAAGCACCUCCAAUAGUACCUGCUCAUCAAAAAAAAAGAGAAAACGCACUGUUUGAUAUUCAUAGAUCUCCAGCAAGAAGAAGCCAUAUUAGGAGAAAGAAGCAUGCCAUUCAUAGUAGUGACACAACUUCUUCUGAUGAGGAACGCUUUGAAAGAAGGAAAUCAAAGAGCAUGGCAAGAGCAAGAAAUAGAUGUUUGCCUAUGAACUUCAGAGCAGAGGAUUUAGCUAGUGGUAUUCUCCGAGAACGAGUCAAAGUGGGUGCAAGCUUGGCUGAUGUUGAUCCAAUGAACAUUGAUAAAUCAGUACGGUUUGAUAGCAUAGGUGGAUUGAGCCAUCAUAUUCAUGCACUAAAGGAAAUGGUAGUAUUCCCACUUUUAUAUCCAGAAAUUUUUGAAAAGUUUAAAAUUCAGCCUCCAAGGGGCUGUUUGUUUUAUGGCCCUCCUGGCACAGGUAAAACCUUGGUCGCCAGAGCAUUAGCUAAUGAAUGCAGCCAAGGAGACAAAAAAGUGGCUUUUUUUAUGCGAAAAGGAGCAGAUUGUUUGAGCAAGUGGGUUGGUGAAUCUGAAAGGCAACUUAGGCUUCUUUUUGAUCAGGCAUAUUUGAUGAGACCUUCUAUAAUAUUUUUUGAUGAAAUAGAUGGAUUAGCUCCAGUUCGCUCUAGCAGGCAAGAUCAGAUCCACAGCUCUAUAGUAUCAACCCUCCUUGCUCUUAUGGAUGGAUUAGAUAAUAGGGGUGAAAUUGUUGUUAUUGGUGCUACAAACAGACUUGACUCUAUAGAUCCUGCACUCAGGAGACCUGGUCGUUUUGACAGAGAAUUCCUGUUCAACCUGCCUGAUCAAAAGGCAAGAAAACACAUCUUACAGAUCCAUACCAGGGACUGGAAUCCAAAAUUGUCAGAUGCUUUUUUAGGUGAAUUGGCUGAAAAAUGUGUUGGCUACUGUGGAGCUGAUAUCAAGGCCCUGUGCACUGAAGCUGCCCUGAUUGCGCUGCGGAGGCGUUAUCCCCAGAUUUAUGCUAGCAGUCAUAAACUGCAGCUGGAUGUUUCCUCAAUAGUGCUUAGUGCCCAAGAUUUUUACCAUGCAAUGCAGAAUAUUGUGCCUGCUUCCCAGCGUGCUGUGAUGUCUUCAGGGCAUGCACUGUCCCCCAUCAUAAGGCCACUGCUGGAAAGAAGCUUCAACAACAUCCUAGCAGUCUUGCAAAAAGUAUUUCCUCAUGCUGAAAUUAGCCAGAGUGACAAAAAAGAAGAUAUAGAAACUUUAAUUUUAGAGGAUAGUGAAGAUGAAAAUGCUUUAUCAAUUUUUGAGACCAGUUGUCACUCAGGAUCACCAAAGAAACAGUCAUCAGCUGCUGCUAUACAUAAACCCUAUCUUCAUUUUACAAUGUCACCAUAUCAUCAGCCAACCUCUUACAGGCCGCGCUUAUUGCUAUCUGGAGAACGGGGCUCAGGUCAAACUUCUCACCUUGCUCCAGCACUUUUGCACACUCUAGAAAGAUUCUCCGUGCAUCGACUAGAUCUUCCCGCACUUUAUUCAGUUAGUGCCAAAACACCUGAAGAGUCAUGUGCACAGAUUUUUCGUGAAGCUCGAAGAACAGUACCUAGCAUUGUUUACAUGCCUCACAUUGGGGAUUGGUGGGAAGCUGUCAGUGAAACUGUGAGAGCAACUUUUCUGACAUUGCUACAAGAUAUACCAUCAUUUUCACCUAUAUUUUUAUUGUCUACCUCUGAAACUAUGUACAGUGAACUGCCUGAAGAGGUUAAAUGUAUCUUUAGAAUACAGUAUGAAGAGGUCUUGUAUAUUCAAAGGCCUAUUGAAGAAGACAGAAGAAAAUUUUUUCAAGAAUUGAUUCUCAAUCAGGCAUCAAUGGCUCCACCACGAAGGAAACAUGCUGCUCUUUGUGCUAUGGAAGUGCUUCCUCUUGCACUACCUUCUCCACCUCGUCAGUUAUCAGAAUCAGAAAAAAAUCGAAUGGAGGACCAGGAGGAAAAUACCUUAAGAGAGUUGCGGUUGUUUCUCAGGGAUGUAACCAAGAGGCUGGCUACAGAUAAACGCUUUAACAUCUUCAGCAAACCGGUGGAUAUUGAAGAGGUUUCAGAUUAUCUUGAAGUAAUCAAGGAACCAAUGGACUUAUCAACAGUAAUAACUAAAAUUGAUAAACAUAAUUACCUGACUGCUAAGGAUUUCCUGAAAGAUAUUGACCUUAUCUGUAGCAAUGCUUUAGAGUAUAAUCCAGAUAAAGACCCAGGAGAUAAAAUAAUUAGGCACAGGGCUUGUACCCUGAAGGACACUGCACAUGCCAUCAUUGCAGCUGAAUUAGAUCCAGAAUUUAAUAAACUUUGUGAGGAAAUUAAGGAAGCAAGAAUAAAAAGAGGCUUAUCAGUAACAGCAGAACAAAUAAAUCCUCAUAGUACUGGAGCUCGGAAGACAGAAACUAGAGUUGAAGAGGCGUUUCGGCACAAACAAAGAAAUCCAAUGGAUGUCUGGCAUAACUCUGCAAAUAAAUGUGCAUUUCGGGUUCGGAGAAAAUCAAGGAGGCGAUCACAGUGGGGUAAAGGAAUUAUUAAGAAAAGGAAAGUUAAUAAUUUAAAAAAAGAUGAAGAAGACACCAAAUUUGCAGACUAUGAGAACCAUACAGAGGACAGGAAAUUGCUAGAGAAUGGAGAGUUUGAGGUAAGCACUGACUGUCAUGAGGAAAAUGGAGAAGAGACUGGAGACUUAUCUAUGACCAAUGACGAAUCAUCCUGUGACAUCAUGGACAUGGACCAGGGGCAGAGGCUUAACAACGGAGCAGGCACAAAAGAGAACUUUGCAUCUACUGAGGAGGAAAGUUCAAAUGAAUCUCUACUCGUCAACAGCAGCAGUUCCUUAAACCCGGAGCAGACCUCCAGGAAAGAGGCUUUCCUUAAAGGAAACUGUCUAAAUGGUGAGGCUUCCACUGACAGUUUUGAAGGAAUACCAGUUCUGGAGUGUCAGAAUGGCAAGCUUGAAGUAGUUUCUUUCUGUGAUAGUGGAGAUAAACGUAGUUCUGAACAAAAGAUUCUUCUGGAGGACCAGUCAAAGGAAAAACCAGAAACUUCGAUUGAAAAUCAUGGAGAUGAUCCUGAGAAACUAGAGGCACUGGAAUGUAGCAAUAAUGAGAAGUUAGAACCUGGCCCUGAUGUGGAGGUUAAAGAUGCAGAACUGGAUAAAGAAGGUGCUUCUAAAGUAAAGAAAUACCGUAAAUUAAUUUUAGAGCAGGCAAAAACGACAAGCCUGGAACUGGUUCCAGAAGAGCCAUCUGAGCCUGUGCCUCCUCUUAUAGUUGAUCGUGAGAGAUUAAAGAAAUUGCUUGAUUUGUUGGUAGAUAAAAGCAACAAUCUGGCAGUUGAUCAGCUUGAGAGAUUAUAUUCUCUUCUUAGUCAGUGCAUCUACCGUCAUCGUAAAGAUUAUGACAAAUCACAACUUGUAGAGGAGAUGGAAAGAACAGUUCAUAUGUUUGAGACAUUCCUAUGAACUUUACAAGAUGAGUGGUUUAUCCUCUCCAAUCUGCUCCUGACAGAGCAGUCUUCUGAGCCAUUCAAUUUCAAAUUGCACCAAUUAUGUGCAGAGCCUUGGUGUAAAGUGCUCUCUUACUCAUUCUUUCUCUCUGUUGAAUUUGGUGCUAUUGUCUCAGGUACCUGAAACCAACCAGCCUACAAGAACCAAACAGAACUUCAGAAACAUGUUGUAUUUUCCACAAAUAAAAAAUACAACCCCACAGCUUGGAGAUUUUGGUGCUACAGAAACUGCUCUCGCUUCUGCUCCUCUUUUCGUGCACUCUCUUUUGGAGACUCCUCUCUUAGGGAGCAGACCAGCAAACAGGAGGAAACUGGAUGGGGCAGCUCUAACUGUGAUGAAUUGUUUAAACAGUGGGCAACUUGUUAAUCUUUUUUUCUACAUUUUACCCCUUUAAUAAUUUUUCCCCCCAUCUGGGUAAUGGACUGAAACGUGUUUUAGAGUUGGCUAUGGUCUGUUCUGGUGGGAAGCUGAAGAAACUGGAUGAAAUUAGGUCAGGCUCUUUAGAACUGCCUUUAACGUGCCUUUUUAUUCAUUUGAGGAAGAUAAGGCUAAAAGGAUGGGCUGUUUGAAGCAAGUAAAUUAGAAAGCUUUCUUUGGUCACAACCUUGGAAAUAAGUUUUGAUACUCUGUGUCAUUAAGAGACAACCACUGUUUGGGUCUGAAAUGCCUGUCUUAUUCUCAAAGCUCAAUCAAGACACCCAGUAAGCCACAUAAUAUACUAAAAUGGUAAGUUUUCUUGUAAGGUCUAUUUCGGUUUAAGAAAUAUGUAGUAACAACAACGAAUAAUACACAGUCCACACAAAAAAACAAAACAAAACUCCACACUUUUUGGUAUUGCUGACAAUGAUGACUAGAAAAUAAAUAGAUAGUGGCCAUUCUUUCUUCUGCCAGUGGCAAUUUAAUAGUUAUUCAUGUUUGAGUUCCCAGAGAAAAAUGAUUUUCAUAUGUAGUAAAUUGAUAUUUUCUUUUAAAGCCAGGACUUGCCAAAUGGACAGAAAAGAGAGGAAUUCGUCAGAAGCUCCAUAAAAUUCAUUUUCUGUGUGCUUAAUUGCAAGUGAGCUCUGGUAUGGCCCUUGAAUAACAGUAUUAAUGUUUAGAUCCCACCUCGUAAGCUUACCUUCACAGCUCUUCAUUUUGAUUGGAAACCAUUUUGAAUCUUGUUGAGUGAUUUCUGUGAAUUGUACGUAUCUGAAAUUAAUUAUGCAUUACUAGUUUUACAAAACUUUCUACAAAUUUGGAAACACAGUCUAGGCAGUUGCAAAGAGACAAAGGGUGCAGUGACGUUUUUUAUCAGAUGAUUUUUAAACAAAAAGGUAGAAAAUUUUGCCGACAAGUUCGCUUGAUAUCUUCAUUCAUUGUAGCCGUUAGCUGCAGGUGUGUCUUUUCAAUAUAUGCAACACAUGUAGUUUGGGUUUUAAUUAGGGCAAAUGGUCUUGGACUACUGCAGAGAUUCUGAGCUACCUCAGCUUUUUGUAUUUUAGUUACCAACAGUGUUUACAGAGUUCUGUAAUCACUUUGCCACCGUUUACAUCCUGAAGCUAAGGUACUUGUCUCCUUGUCUCUGGCUCUUUGUAGUGUGCAGAAAGCAUACUUUGGCCAUAGCCUAUUGCAGUAAUCCAAAGUGCUUCUUUGCAUUUACAUUUACGUCUAACGCCUUCUAAUCCUAGCUUAAUUUUUUUUAAUGCCAUGUGUUUUCUUUGUACCUAGUCUGUGAAGUUUUUGUAAUAUUCAGUUAGUCAUAUAAGUCAAGAUGCUACCCAUGUAGACACACUGUAUUUUUAAGGUGGGCAAGUGCGAUUAACGAUGAACCAUUUUAAAGGGGAGGUUAUUUGAAACCUCUAAUUUGAUUAUUGGGAGGAUUUUCAUGCUUUCUUUAGUAUUUAUUACCAUCAUACCAAUUCAAACUAUUUUAUUGUCUAAUACAUUAGCAUUUUGUAUUUUGAUGGAAAUUGUUACAGAAUUUAAAGAUUUGAUGAAAUAAGAUGUAGCAGAUUUUUUGUAGCAAGUUACUGGUAAAAGGGUUUUUUGCAAGUCUCAGGUUCUUGCUGCACUAUUUUUUUUUAAAUAUUUAUUCCAGUUAUUCUAAUUCAGAAACAUUCUGUUCAAGUAACAGCAGCACUUGUGAAAGGAAAAAAACGCACACGUUUCUUAGUAGGUUACUCAAUUUGUACAAUUAAGAUUUUAGCCAUCAGUGAAUUUGACAAGGGAAAUGUAUUUAUUUUCAGCAUUAAAAUGCUUCCAAAAGAUCAAGUUGUUUUUGUUUGUUUUUUUAACCUUAAUGUAGAUGGAAUAAUUGGAGGCAACCUCAGUAUAGGAACUGCCACUUCGAACAGUUUAGGUCUUAAAGAGAAAGUCAAUCUAAUGCCAAGGGGAGAAAAAUGAGCUGAAAUUGUUCCAACUCCUCUGGCCUUCUUUCCCUCAAUUAAAAAAACAAAAAAACAAAUGUACCAGUUUUGCUUAUUUUACAGGUAUCUGGUGGUUCUAUAGUUUAAAGCAGCUUGUGAAAUUAUCUAAGUGGACUCAAUUUUGUUUACUUUUCUGUAAGUUCUUCAUUUUUGCUGUAUAGCAUUGGCAAAAAAUAUGUACAAAUUGACCUCUGUUCUUAUUUCCUAUUGUGAGCAUUAUAAAUGAUAAGCUCCUAUGUAAAAUCUUGCUCUCAGAUGAGUAAAAUAUGUAUCACAGCAUAGCCCAGCAAUAGUUCAUGCUCAGCUGUGGGGACCCUGGGAGCUUUUUAAAGAUGAUGGAACCACACUAGGGUUGAAACUGAUGGCUGUGGAGUUAAUUGUGUUUUUGAGCUUGAAUCUCACCUGUGAUUUUUUUUUUUUAAAUGUUGUUUCAUGACUUGAUUUUUCUCAUAAGCCAAUGUAUUUGUAGGUUUACUGGAUUUUAUUUUUAGGGAGUGGGUUGGUAAUUUCUUCCUAUUUUUGAUUAAGUUGGUUCAGCUAUGGUGCUAUUCAGUAGGUAUCUUCAGUGUCAGGUCCCGUAGCUGAAUGCCAUUGUUAUUAUAAUUAUUUGUAAUCACAUUGUAAGCUUGAAUUUGGACUUGUACCUGCAUCUUUCGUAUUCUGUACAUCUGGUUACUUAGACUUUGGGAGUCCCGUUUGGUUUCAGUCAUGUAUGUCUACUUUGUAGUUUAAGUAGACUUCAUCAACUAUGGUCUAUUUUGGGUUUGUAGUUUUAAUUUAGAGUUGUGUUAAAUUGAUGUUUUGCAUUUGACUUCAUUUUACAUUAGUUGAAGUAAAUUAUUUAAUUUUUGAAUUCUGGAAUUUGAACAUUUACUGUAAUUUGUAAUAUAACUGCUGUGAAAUACUUGAAUAAAGAUGACAAGAAAAACA